GGAUGUGUGGCGCGUGGUCGCGCGCAGCUCGACGCCUCCACGGUGAGAUGGCCGUGGAGCCUCUGCUGCUGCUUCUGUGAAGUGGAAACAGGCGCCGUGGACGGAGGGAAAACCCGGCCGCUGAAGCCUUCGACCUCCGGCCGUAAAACCACACGCCUCGGGGGGUCAGGUCUGCUCAGGUUAGCGUCUGUGUUAGCAGCGUCUGUGUUAGCGUCGGUGCUGCUGUGCUGCUGUGCUGCUGGGCGGCCUGGCUGCCCUCCUGCCUCCAGAUGAAUGAAGAACACUCCGGGACACAGAGACACAGCUGAUACAGGGCAUUCAGGUGUUUCUGCAAAUAUGAUGAAGAAAAAGAAUCCCCACAAGAAACACAAGAGCAGCCUGGGUCCGACCACCAAAGUUCUGUCGCCGCCGCACAACAACAUCGUGGGCUGCAGGAUUCAGCAUGUGUGGAAGGAAGGAGGAGGCGGACACGUGGUGUGGAAGGGGGCGGUGCUCGACCAGGUGCCGGUGAACCCAGCGCUCUACCUGAUCAAAUACGACGGUUUCGACUGCGUUUAUGGUCUGGAGCUCUACAAGGAUGAGAGGGUUCAGGGGCUGGAGGUUCUGCCCGACAGACUGGCUAAAUCCCGUCUAACCGACGUCAGCCUGGCCGACGCCAUGAUCGGGAAAGCGGUGGAGCACAUGUUCGAGACGGAGGAGGGACCGAAGGAGGAGUGGAGGGGGAUGGUCCUGGCCCGGGCUCCCAUCAUGACCACCUGGUUCUACAUCACCUACGAGAAAGACCCCGUCCUCUACAUGUACCAGCUGCUGGACGACUACAAAGAAGGAGACCUCCGCAUCAUGCCCGACUCCAACGACAGCGUCCCGACGGAGAGGGAACCCGGCGAGGUGGUGGACAGUCUGGUGGGGAAACAGGUGGAGUACGCCAAGGAGGACGGCGGCAAGCGGACGGGCAUGGUCAUCCACCAGGUGGAGGCCAAGCCCUCCGUCUACUUCAUCAAGUUUGACGACGACUUUCUCAUUUACGUCUAUGACCUGGUCAAAACUUCGUAAAAAAAAAACAACGAUGGUCCACACGUCCAAGACUUAAAGAAAAGUGCAACACAUGUUGAAACAUCUACGGCAUUUGAAUCCAGCGCUGUCCCCUCAGACCAUCAAACACAGGACCGGUGCCUCCUGAGAACGGACUCUUCAUCUGUGGUGACCUUUUCUGAAGACAGAUCUGUCCACAAUUUCAAGUUUUUACGCCAGUAUUUUACUUUGAAAGUCCCAAGCGAGACAGAGGCUUUUUAAGAGUCUGCAAACACUUAAUUGAUGUCAACACAACUUCACUAAACUAAACCGUGUGAUAGGUCGUCAACUUAACAGACUAAAAUACAGAGGAUCUGUGAAGUCAAAAAGAACGAGCAGAAGAAGUCAAGAAUUUUACAAGAAGAGGCCAAACGAGGAAGAGAUGGCGUUUCUUUUUUCAGCUAACGUGUCCAAGAAGACGACACGAGACUGUCUGGACAAAUGUAACCAUAACGUAACCCUAAUCCUAGGAACAAAAUAAACAUUGAGGAACAAUUUAAACUUUGCAAACAAACCAAAAAAAAGGUUCAAAAUUCAGUUUACAUUGUUUUUCACAUUUAUUCAAAAAACUUAAAUUCUACAUAAAAAUUUUGGCUAGAUUUGACAUAAAUGAGAUAAAAUUUGAGACAUUGACAGACUGAAGAGAACAUUUUUGACUUAUUUUUGAUUUAGUAAAAUGUCGUACUUAAAAAAUUUUAAAUUAUAAUUUGACCACUUUAGUCUCUCUCUGUUUUUUACAGAUAUUUUUCCUCAUUUAUUCAAAAAUCUUAGUUCUCAGUAAACAUUGUAUCCAGAUUUGUGAGCUAAAAUGUAACUGACAAACUUUGUUUUAGUAAAAAGUCAUCCUUAAAAGAACGCUGAUAAAUUUUAAUUUGACUGCUUCAGUUUAAAUUUUUGCUGAUAUUUUCACAUUUAUUCAAAAAGCUUAAAUUCAGAUAUUUUAAUUCUCAGAUAACUUAAUUGUCAGUAAAUAAAUUAUCCAGAUUUUGACAUGUGAGAAAACUUUCGAUCAAAAAUUUAACUGACAAACUGAUUUUUUUUUUUUUUGAUUUAGUAACAUGUCGUCAUACUUGGAAAAACUCGUUUUUUUACUGACAUUCAUUUAUUCAAAAAUACUACUUAAUUCUAAGUAGAAAUUUACCCCAGAUUUUGACAUAAAUGAGGAAAUUUGUGAGAUAAAAUAUUAAAAUUUUUGACAUUUUGAGUAAAAUAUCUUGCGUAUAAUAUUUUAUCUCCAUUAUCUGUGUGAAAAUUCCGACUUAAAAAAUGGAAAAUAACCUUAAAAACAAAUUUUGACUGUUCCUAAACGUGGUAAUUAUGGCAGCGAUGGCCUUCCAUAUGUGAGGUCCACAGAACAGAGAAAUCGACUUUGUCUUAAGUCUUAAGGCACCGGUUUGUUUUUUCGUUUGUUCGUAUAAAUCAGAAACCAUCUUUUGGUGGCACACAGGGUCAAAGGUGAAGAUUCGGCUUCUUCUCAGUGACACAGACCAACACAAUGAUCCUUUGCAAAGCAUCUGCAGCUAAAACUUCAACAUUUUUAAGUUUGUUUUUUCUUUUCUUUGUUUUACUCAUCACUUAAAAAAAAAAGCAACCGUCCGUGUUGUGAAGAUGUUUGAUGUUUAAAGACAAUCGGACUCCGCUCUCUCUCUCGUGAUUUCACUGAAGCCUUCGGAACUGCUCUUUUUUUUUUCUAAAUCGUUGAUGAAGGACGGAGGAGGACGUUUGUGUCAAAGAUGAACUCGUUUCCCAGUUUGUAUUUACAUACAAAACAAAUCCCCUCGCCUGUGGAGCAGGUCUGACUUUAUCUCUGGCGUCCGUCCGUCUUGUAUUUUACGACCAGAGGACAGGAGGACAGGAGGACAGGAGGACAGUGCUCCGGGGUCUGAGCCACGGCUCGUGUGCAGCAGUACGAGAGGAACCGUGUUGUUGUCGGCUGGUGUUUGUUGUUUGUUUUUGUUUGGAUUCACUCAGACUGACGCACAGAUGUACGCGUUAGCCGCUGCUUUAAAGACGCCGUUCUAUAGAAAUAACAGGGUUCGUAUCUGCAGACGCACAAAUGGAGUCAUGGAAAAGUUUAUGGCAAAAGUUUGGGAGUGUGUUUUUAAAGCAGGAGUUGCUAAAAGAUGGCGACUGCAUGAUGACGUGUUGUGUUUCUGUGAUCAGCUGUGUGGUUUCUCAGCGAUGUUUCUACGUCUGCCCCCCCGGGAAUGUUCUAUGGUAAUUUUGGGCAAAGAUAAAGAUCGUGGACAAAAACGCACCAAAACGUCCUCGAUUCAUGUUCAAUGUGAACAUUUUCUGGUUUCUUUGCUCCAUAAAAACAAAGAAAUAUCUUUGGACAAAAACAAGGCGUUUGAAAACACUAUUUCUAGGUUUAGGAAAAAAAUGAUCAACAUUUUCUUAUGUUUUAUAGACCAAACAACUUGCUGUAAUUGCAGCCUUAUAACAAUUGGCAAACAGGUCUUGAAAUUUGGCCUUUUUGCUUUUCCACCAUCUAGAGAUUUUUGUGAUAUCUUAAAUAUUGUUUACAAAUACGGAAUAAUUUCUUCUGUGGGUGAUAACAUGUUAUCAAAUAAUGCUAAAACAACAACAACAACAAGUGUUUACGUUCACAUCACAUUUGAACAUUUAUUUCCCACAGUUUGCAGAAGACUUAAACGUUUAAGCCGAGCAUUGAUUAACGCGACAGCAGCUGAUUUUACAGAAGUGUUUUUGCAGUUCAUUUAUUCAUCUCCUGAAUUUGAGAUAUUUUUUCCUUUAAAAAAAAAACAACACAUUUUGGAGAAGUUUUUCUGAAUUAACGAAGAAUCGUUGCAGCAGAUUCCGAUUUCUGUCAGAACGAUCGUAAAAUCCCAAGUUCCAACAGUAAAGUUAAUAAUUUUACUGAAAAACGGGAGAAUCUGUCAAUGUGUGAAAAUCAAGGCAAGAAUCUCAUUAAUUUGAGAAAAAACUGAGUAAAAUUUAACCUUUCUUAAAUUCAGAAAAACAACAGUAAAUAUUCUUCUACUAAUCAGAAACAUUCCAGGUUUGUCUUGGUUUUUAAAGCUUUAUUUUUCAUUCCAAGCAUCUUAAAGAGGAAAACACAGUAGGUUCGUUCGUACAUACGAACUUUCCCCGUCGUAAAGAUUUGAUACAGCGCGUCAAAGUUGCGAUUUAUGUGAAAGAGUCUUGCGCACUUCCUGUGACGUAGUUAGUCGCUGAGGCAGAUUACAGCUCUUACUAUAACCACACUAAAUAAAGAUGAGAAAAAAAGGCCGGACGCUGUCAGACGUCUGUCUGUCUCUGCA